AUGGAACGGAGUAUUCUCAUCAUCGGUGCUGCCGGCCAACAAGGCAAGGCCACCAUCGACGCCUUAUUCAGGGCACUCGAAAACUCUCCAGAUCAUGAGGACAUCAAGAUCCUUGCUUUGAUGCGGUCAAUCACGUCUCCAAAGGCCCAAGCGCUUCAUCAAGAGCACCCAUUAAUUACCCUUGUGCAAGGUGACACUCAAUCGCCGCAACCCAUCUUUGGACAACACCCAAAUAUCGCAUCAAUCUUUAUCGUCACAGUCCCGCCAAACGACGAAGCACAGGCCCUUCCCCUCAUUGAAGCAGCCAUAGUACAUCAAUCAGUAGACCACAUCGUCUUCUCCAGCGUUGAUCGUGGUGGCGACGAGGUUAGCUGGUCGCUACCAGCUGAUAUUCCUCACUUUGCCGCCAAGCACCGCAUUAAGCUCCAACUACGGGAAUUAUGCAAAGAGAACAAAUAA